GGGUUGCCGUGGUUUCUUUUCCACUGGUUCCUGGCGAGGUCAAGGCGGACGCGUACAUCUUGGUUCAUAAACGCUUCUCGGUAUGCGAAGCAUACCACGUCGGACGUUCAUGAAUAUCACAAAGGACUCGGCGGGUGCCGCACUUGACAAGUUAAGAAAAACAGCCCAGAUAAACUCCUUACUGCCCACGCAUACGGGUAUACUGUUAAGGACUUUGCAGGACACCCGCCUCUUCGGGAUACGUGGUGAUACUGAUAGUGAGAUCUAUGAUCAGAAAUGCCACUACAAAACGACCCUACUCACGACUCCCUUGAAGUCCAAGUUACAGAACCUGCUAUCUUCCUGCGCGUCUCCGAGCGCCAAUGCCGAAGGUACAACGCUCCCACCGAUGAAGGGGGUCCAUUGUCUGGCGCACUCAUACGCGGUGUCCUGACGUUGACACUUGCGAACGCGGUUCCGAUAUCAAGUAUCGAAGUCGAAUUGGAAGGACGUGCCGUGACAACCUGGGUGGAAGGUGCGGGCCGUAGUCGUCUUGAGAGAUCUGAGAAAUAUACUCUCUACUCUACAUCGACGGUUUUAUUCAUGGCAGUGCCGGGAAUUCUGAGCCAUGACAACGAUGCGCGUCGUGCUUCCUCGGUUGCACCACUUUCAAGAGAUGGCCAUCGUCCUAGUCAGCGGGGCUGGGCACGCCACUCUAUCAAUGAUGAUGACGACCGAUCGACGUUAUCAAGCCACGGUCGCAUUAAAGACUCCCCCACCAAUAUGCUGAGCUCACGCAUGCGUAGCGCGAGUGUCGAUUCCCCUGGACGUUACCGUAAUUGGCGCAAUGGACACCGCAGCAACUUGCAUUUGCGGGAUAAUUCACUUGACACCAGGGGCCGACGCUCCCAGAAUCAAGAACCAGCACCAAGCUACGCCCUCGCGGAUGUCGGCACAACAUCUAGAGGAGGUAGCGUUGCCAGCCCCACUGCCUCGGGUAAUGACUUGCAUUCCGGCGCGGAGAGUGAGUUGGAGGCCCAGCCUGAUUUGGGUUCUACCGCCCGCUUGGAUCUUACUGUUGCUAUCCACCAAACACAAGCAUCCGGUCCUGGAAGUCUUCCGGAGAUUAAUGAAGAGAACGCUAUGGGGGAGUCCUACGUUUCUACUGCCACCUCACGGAAUUGGAGUCCUGAACGUCAUGUUGCUGUCGGUGCCGACCAUGAUCGUCGUGGAAGAUCUCCGGGGUUGUCGUUUACUACUAUUGCCCACGUCCUUGGUGCUAUCAAGGAGCGCACAGCGCGGUCUCUGUCGCCACUUUCCCAUCGUGGCGUUUCCUUGUCUCGUUCUAUGCUUACUGAUCAUUCUGAACGCGGACGGCCGCCCAGCACUGUCAAAGAACGUAGUCGGUCACUGGCAGGUGCAGAUGCAUCUGAGGUAACGACGGAUUCUUCGUCAUGCGGCACUACUCUUGAGGGCAACUCUGAGUCUAUAGUAACGUUCCAGAGGGGAACAUACAAUUACCCAUUCUAUUUCACGCUACCAAGAAACGUACCGCCGACUACAAAAUCCGCACAUGGCUCCUUUACUUGGCGUCUCAACGCAACGGUCAAGCGGAACAAUAGUGGAUCCUGGCCGACGCUGAUGAUGGCGGCAUGUAAGGAAGUUGAGGUCGUGUACUCACCCGUCGACGACGAGUUCGGGGAAAUAUCAGAAACUUCCGAUGAUAUACAAUUACAACGAACUUGGAAUGUCCAGUUUGAGUACAAAUUCAGCAUCCCUCGGAAUAGCUUUCCUUUGGACGAAACCUUAUCAAUUCAGCUCGAGAUUCGGCCUCUUACAGGGAUCAAAAUAUACCGGAUUGCUGUGUAUCUGGACGAACUCGUCGAGUACUUCACCCGCUCAGGCGUCCGCGUCCGAACGGAGACGAUAACACGUGCGACGCUCCUCCAACUCCAGCACUCUCCACUCUCGUACGAAACCAACGAGCCCAUUCUCCCCUUCACAUCUUCCGACAUCCAAAGCUUCCGGGCGUCGCCUUUUUACCGGCUCAGGCAGUUAAGCCAGGACGCCGAGUGCAAAGAAGCUCUACAUUACGCAGGUCCAGGACCCUGGAGUGUGAAAUGUGACUUGCGUCUGCCAGGUGCGAUGCAGGGGUUUCAUGCGUCGACACCAAAGGUGAAUAGUGAGGGUGGGACGGAGCGGAGCCUGAAGAGCAACGUACGCAUUGAUCAUCUGCUGAAGGUUCUUAUCAGAGUAGAGAAGGGGGACGAGGGUGUGGCAACAGGGAAGAAACGUCUGUAUGAUGUCUUCAUGCAUGUACCUAUCAGGAUGCUGUCGAACUUGUGUACAGCGGAGUGGACUGCUCUCCCCAAAUAUUCAUCUCCAUCUUUGCGCCUGAUGGAAUCCAACCCGAGCAGCUCCCAUAAUCGGAACACUGACUGUUCACAGGACCGUCUUUCUGACCCUCUGGAUAAACGAUCAAAUCGGGGAAGGGAGAGUCAGGGCUCGCUACCUUUUCUACCACGUUCCUUUCCGGCAGAAAACAGGUCUCCGGCGCGCAUAGACGGGGCCUCUGGUUAUGGAGAGCUCUAUGAACGGCUUGUGUCAGGACUCGAAAGUGAAACAGGACAGGCCCCACCGAGAUAUGGCGAAUGCGAGUUGCAAACAAGAACGUAACGUCUUCCAAGCUGCAACGGUGCCACAGGUGCAUUGCUAGAUGGAUACCUCAGCUUAGACCCGGGCUUAAAGUGGUUCCCUCUCGGUACUGCUCAAUUGUAAACUAGUCAAAGUUUGUUAUUAGAUUGCCUCGACUUCUCCGAUCUUAAUUUGCGAUUUAGCAGGUACUUAUGUCGAUCUACUCAAAUCCUAGUGGUAUGAUAGUAUCAGGGCAUCCCAUUGCAGAGUCGGACUCAUGUGUAGUACUAGUAGGUGGUGGUGUUGUCGCUGCCUUUUACUCGGUAAUUUAUGUUCGGCGUUAUUUACGUGGUAGCCGGAAACGAGUUGCUACCAGGCAAUUUCCGGGCCAGACUCAGCGUAACGAAUACCAUCC